GUGGGAGGCGGGGCCGAGCGCUCGGUGGGGGCGGCAAGAUGGCGGCUGAGGCGUGAGGAACGGGGCAGAGAUUGGCCAGACUCGUGCCAUGUACAGCAAGAGUAACAAUUCUCACUCGCUUUUCUUCUGGGCUAGUGGUUUUUAAAGUGGGGACUUGUAUUCAUGGUCUCUGGGGCUUUAGUGAGCUUUUAAUGCGGAGAAUGUCGUGCAGGGGUUUCCUGAGGUUGCUGGCAUCACCUUUGAGAUGGAGUAUCAAUCUUUUCCCUCAUACCUUCGUACCAGGGAGAUGGCCAUUAACCCAAGCUCUGGGCCAUCUGGAAACCCGCACCAUGGCAACCCUCAACCAGAUACACCGUAAGGGCAAGCCAAAGUUUCCCCCACCCAAACUUGGCCCCACCUUUGGCAACCCCCAGCUCAAGGGAGUGGUCCUCAAGACCAUGAUUCGCAAGCCCAAGAAACCCAACUCUGCCAACAGAAAGUGCGCCCGGGUGCGACUCAGCAAUGGCAAGGAGGUGAUCUGCUUCAUUCCCGGAGAAGGUCACAACUUGCAGGAGCACAGCAUUGUGCUGGUGGAAGGUGGAAGGACACAGGACUUGCCUGGGGUGAAGCUCAAAAUAGUGCGUGGGAAAUAUGACUGCGCCCAUGUUCAGAAGAAGAAAUAAGUGCCGCCGCGCUGAGAGAUGUCGUGGGAUUGUCAAGUUCCCGGCUUCGUAGGAAAGGAGUUUUAAUCACGUCUGCAUUUGUGUCAUGGCAGAUAUCCUCCAGAGACACAACUACUUGCUCUGUACUGUUGUGAGAUAUUUACACGCAGACCAUGCUCAUUAAAUUCAAACUCCUCUCUGAGA